AUGCAAGUUGGGCAGCCCGAGGGAGGACAUCACCUGGAGGAGGAAGAACUCGCGCUGGGCAGCGGCCUCUGGACAUGCCCGGCCGCUGCCCAGGCACCGGCGGGCUCCAGCUGCAGCAGGGCGCUCUUUGGGCAGCCCCUGGCAGCCCUCUGCGGGGAGGACACGCUGCCCCGGCCCAUCCAGGAGCUGCUGGCUGUCCUACAGCGGGAAGGACCGAGGGAGGAGGGCAUAUUCGGCCGAGCUGCCAGCGGGACGGCGCUUCGAGAGCUACGGGAGGCCCUGGACCGCGGCACAGACGUCGACCUUGGGAGCCAGCCUGUGCUGCUGCUGGCUGCCACCUUGAAGGACUUCCUCCGCAGCAUCCCUGCCAAGCUCCUCGUGAGCAACCUCUACGAGGACUGGAUGGAGGCGAUGCAGAAGAGCAGCAAGGAGGAGAAGCUCUCAGGGCUGAGAGCGGUGGCCGAGAAGUUGCCCGCAGCCAACCUCCUCCUCCUGAAGCGGCUGCUGUCCCUCCUGCAGCACGUUGGCCACAAUGCAGCCACCAGCCGUAUGAGCUGCAGCAACCUGGCCAUCUGCGUUGGGCCCGACCUGCUGAGCCCGCCCAACGAGGAGCUGCUGCCACUGGAGGCCCUGCUGGAGGUGACCGAAAAGGUGAAGGUGCUGGUGGAGUUCCUGAUUGAGAACUGCGGGGAACUCUUUGGGGAGGACCUUUCCAGCCCAGCAGCCGAGCCCUCGCCAGCCCCCAUGGAGAGAUGCAGAGACCAGCAAGUGGAGGAGCAAAGCAGCGCUGCAGUCACAGUGGACACCGAGCUUCAGGCAGAAGCCUUGCUGCCUGCCCCCUGCUCUCUGCUCAGUGUCCUCCAAGAGGCUGGGAGAGAUACAAAGAAGGUGGUGGAGCCUGCAACAGCAGAGGCACCUCUGGUUUUGCCUCCAACUGGCCCCGAGAGGAGUGGAGAGGGGAGGAGAGGAAGGGAAGGGACCUCACCAGACUUCCAUGACCCCUCAAACAUGAUGGACAGAGGCUUAGAAACUGAAUCUGCCAGCUCCCUCAGGACCCAUGGAUGA